GCAGUCGCAUACUCCCACUCAGAGUCAGAGCUCGUCCUCGACCAAUGAUAACUUUCCCAAGUCGAGCUCCCUUUCACUGCACCUUGGCACUUUUACUGUCGACUGCUCGGGAUAACGUUCAUUCAAUCGGAAUUCGGAAGUGUGUUCUCAACUAACACAAUUUUUUCAUUAUUUAUGAUUGCGAGUUGUUGGUAACUACUUAUUUAUCUGGUUAUUGUUAGUUAUCUGCCUACAAAAUGGUUAUAAAUCUAAGUUUAACUUUCUAUGAUUCGUUCGAACUUCGAGAUGAAGAAACUCAAGCCUUCGUGGUUUGUGAUGUGUUUACGGUCUACUUCCAAUAAUCAUUAACUUGACGUGCAUCCUAUAUCUACUAUAACAUAAUGGCCGAUAUUGAGUUGAAGACAGAUACUGAAAUUGAUAAUGAUAAUCAAUCAGAUCACUGUGAUAUGCCUUAUUAUGGCAACGUUCCAACACCGAGUGGAAGCAAUCAUGAGAGUGAAGAAGAUGGCUUCGAUUACGCGGGAGAGUUGCCUCUUGAAGUCAUAACGACUGUCACCAAGGAUGUGUCUACUCCCGUCCUCAAAGUGAAGAGCAACGGCGUUUUAACUCAUAGGAACAUUUUCACCGAUUCUGAACGUGCCAUAUUGAAAGAUAUUGUGUUAAAUUACCAUGAAAUUGUUGAUACAAGAAGUAGAUCACGUGACACAUUUCUGGAAAAGCAAAAUGCUUGGGAGAAGAUAGUGCUUGAAUAUAAUGAAAAGCCCAAUAUGCAGCCAAGAACAGUUAAAGAGCUUCGUAAAUGCUGGGAUAACAUGAAGUAUCGAGCUAGACAAGCUGAAAAAGAAUUGCAACAAAAAUCCGUGGAGGAAGGCUACUAUCAAAUGUUAACCGGCAGUGCACAUGGGGAUUUAAACACCAUAAAUGAUUCUGAAGUUAUCAAUUCUCUUGAUGUCGGAUCAGGCGUUUCAGUUGGUGUCGUGAAUCCUUCUGUCAGCCUAUGCAGCUCAGAUGGAGUUCUGACAUCUUCUGGAGAAGAAUCUGACCCUUCACAGCCAGUUUCCAAGAAGGCUCGCAGUGACGCCCCCAAGCUAUCAAGUCUUCUUCUAGGCAAUAAUAUUUCUGCUAAAGUCAAUGGAGUCAAAGAAAAUACCGCUGAAUUAAGCUAUAGAGGUGAUAAUGAACCUUGUAUUGCGGUAGAGUCUGAUUAUGACAUAUCAUCAUCCACAAGUGCUGCUAAAAGCAGAGAUGUAAACUUGAAUGGUUUCAACACUCAUGCCAUUCUAGCAGCUGACAUACUACCUAAAAUUAUACCUCCAGGAGUUUCUGUUACUAGGAUCCCAUCAUCUAAAGGGUUGCCUACUACAUUUAAUUUAGGUUCUGGCAUGACCAUCACUUCUCAAACAUCUAACGCAUCACCAGUUCUAAAAGCAAUGCCUUCAUUAAAAAAAAUUAAUAACAAGAUUGGAACUUCAAGAAAGUUUAGGAGUAAAAACCUGAAUUUGCCUCCUAGACUGGACCAAGAAGAAAUAUCUUUUUCAUCAUAUGAUGCUAAUGAUGAUAUCCAAUGUAAAGAGCUCCAUGCUAGGCUGUUAUCUAAAAGAAUUGAGUAUGAGCAAGCUGAGCAUAUAAUGAGAAUGAAAAUGCUAGAGAAGCAAAUGAAUGUUUAUUCUCAGCAGGCUAAUUAUUGGAGCUUGAAACUAAGACUUUUGAAAGCUAAUAAAGACACACAAGAUCAUAUGUAUGUUAAUGGAGAAUCAUAUAUUUAGUAUCUUUCACAAAUAUUUUUGUACUUAUUCUAAUAUUUUUAUACAUAUAUGGUCUGAGGCUUUAUUCAUCAUGUUUAUACCAUUAUCAAUGCUGUUAACGUAAAUGUCAUAAAUAUUUUGUGCUUUUGGCUUUUGUUCAAAUUUAUUGAUAGAGGUAAAGUGAAAUUACAGGGCUUCCGUUCUGUGUACUGAAGUGAAGGUUACUUAUACAAUUUAGAAAAAAGCGUAGUCAUGUAUAGUUUGAGUAUAAUAUAUUUAUGAGUAUUUCUAGCUGACAUGGUUUAGGUAGUAAAUUCCGUGUUGAAAUAAAUCUGAAUGGUUGUGCAUUUGAUGGUAGUGGUUGCCUAGUGAUGAAUUUUGUGGUACCUAUCAAACCUGAACUACCUAUGGUGAAAAAUUGUCCUCAAUAACAGGUAAAGCGAAGUUUGGUAAAGGUAUUUAAAUUUUUUUUAUACUUUUUUUCUUGUUCAGUUUUAGAGUCUUUGUUCUUGUUAUCCAUUUGUUUUGUGAGUUUUCAAUUCUUGAAAUUUUCUGAUUUUAUGUCCCAAUUGUAUUAAUAUACAAGUUGAGUAUAUACCUAUACUAUUUAUUUUGCACUAGUGUGUUAGGAAAGAUUUUUCAAUUUUUGUGUGUGGUAUUAAAGACAAGCAAGUACCUAGUUCCUGUAUAUAUUUAUUAUUUUUAUGCUAAUUUUUAUCUACAGCGCUAAUUAUCUGAAUUUACUAUGUAAUAUCGUUCAAAAUUUCAUUGUUUAACUUAAGUGAGAAAGAAUAUGAAUUUUUUUGAAACUCAACUGUAAAAUUUCUUUGAAAUUCAUUGACCGUUUCUAUUUGGGGUGUGCCAACUCUGAAAGCGCUGCGACUCAUACAUGUGCUACUGACACUAGUGAAUCCUGUAAAUUCUGCUACGAUGAAAAAUUAACUAGUUUGUUUGCCUUGUUGUACAAGAACACAUCUGAUCAACACUAACACUUUCACAACACUUUUUAUCAGUUAACCAAAGAACUCUUGUAUUGUUAAAUUAGAUUUUUUUAUUAUCUUGUCAAACGUUUUCAAGAGAAUGUCUUUACAUUUUUUUUCUAUUUUGUCAUAAUUUUUCUAUUAGUU